ACAACUGCAAGUCUGCGACUGUUCUUCUUCUCCCUCCCUUUUUAUCCCAAAAGUCUAUUUUAUUCUUCUUUCAUUUCAAAAUUCUAUGAAGAGGACAUGGAAGGAGUAAAGCAAAAGAUGAGGAGACAGCUCUGGAUUCCCACCCGUCCCAACUUCGCCGUCGAACUCCACUCCGGCCUCCGGUCUUUCUCCAAAUCCGACUUGGAUACCCUUAUCUCCGGCUGCCCUUCCCUUCCCGAUCACUCCGUCUUCCUCCCAUCCGGCCCCGUCGCUGCCCGUCUCUUUUUUCGGCAAUGGCACGACGCCUUGGAUGCCGUUGCCUUCUUCUGGGCCCGCUGCCUCGACGGGUCCCACCACCUAACCCCCACCGUCCGAUCAAUGCUAUCCGUCCCCUCCGACAGCGACGAACUCGCCUCCCGCCUCAAGGAGCUAUUCGCCGCCCGAGCCCGCGACCUUCUGGAAAGCGAGUCAGUACACCGGUGGCGGAAGAAGAUCGAACGGCUGACGGAAGAGAUUAUACAAAUUUCGACGGCUCUGCGGAACCUGAACCAUGUGGAGGUAUUCACUAGCCGCCAGCAGAAGAAGCGGGGGUUGGUAGCCGAGAGGGAGCAGAUUGAGAAGAGAUUAGAGGAAUUCAAGGCCGCGAUGUACUGUAUCCUGGUGCAGCUCGAUGGAACUAGGUGGGAGGAAGAAGAGUUGGAGGUUUUCGGGUUUGGGGGUGAUUUGGACUGGGAACGGAUUCAUCAUGUAAUGGCUCGGGAGUGCCGGAGGCUCGACGAGGGCCUCCCAAUUUACAGCUAUCGGCAGGAGAUCCUACGGCAGAUACAUUGCCGGCAGGUAAUGAUCUUGAUUGGGGAGACAGGUUGUGGAAAGAGUACUCAGUUGGUUCAAUUUCUUGCCGAUUCAAGUCUUGCCACAAGUGGGUCAAUCAUAUGUACGCAGCCCCGCAAAAUUGCUGUCAUGUCAUUGGCACAAAGAAUUAGGGAGGAAAGCAAUGGUUGUUAUGCAGCUAAUUCCGUGAGUUAUUUUGGGUCAUACUCAUCUGUUCAGAGACUCGAUUCCAAGGUAAUAUUUAUGACGGACCAUUGUCUCCUGCAACAUUUCAUGAAUGGUACGAAUUUGGAUAGCAUUUCAUACAUCAUUGUAGAUGAAGCUCAUGAAAGAAGCUUGAACACUGAUCUCCUGUUGGCCUUGGUAAAGAAGUUAUUGCUUCAGAGGCUUGAUUUAAGGCUUAUUAUAAUGUCUGCAACAGCAGAUGCGAGCCAGCUUUCAGACUAUUUCUUUGGUUGUGGCACUUUUCUCGUGAAGGGACGAAACUUCACUGUCGACGUUGAGUAUGUUCCAAAUGCAUAUGCUGGGAGCUCGUGGGCUGCCAUUACAGAAAAUAAACUUGGCAGUUGCCCUUCAUAUGUUUCUGAUGUGGUGAAGAUGGUGGCUGAGAUUCACAGAACGGAGGAAGAUGGGGCAAUUCUGGUAUUCCUGACUUCUCAGUCGGAAGUAGAAUGGGCUUGUGAAAAAUUUCAGACCCCUUCUGCAGUUGCUCUGCCAUUGCAUGGAAAACUCUCUUGUGAAGAACAGAGACGUGCCUUUCAGAACUAUCAGGGAAAGCGGAAAGUUAUUUUUGCCACGAAUUUAGCGGAGACAUCUCUGACGAUUCCGGAUAUCAAGUAUGUGGUUGACUCGGGCAUGGUUAAGGAGAGUAGGUUUGAACCUAGCACUGGUAUGAAUGUUCUUAGAGUUUCCAGAAUCAGCCAAAGUUCCGCUUGUCAACGGGCUGGCCGGGCUGGACGAACGGGGCCAGGCAAAUGUUACAGACUGUAUUCAGAAUGCGAUUUUCAAUCAAUGCUGUGCUACCUGGAACCUGAAAUUCGUAGAGUUCACCUUGGCAUUGCUGUUCUGAGGAUUCUUUCUUUGGGAAUCGAGGAUGUAAGAGAUUUUGAUUUUGUUGAUGCACCUAGCCCAGAGGCAAUCAAUAUGGCAAUCAGGAAUCUAAUUCAGUUGGGUGCUGUUAUUUACAAAAACGGUAUUUUGGAACUAACUGAUAUUGGCCGCCCCUUGGUCAGACUGGGUGUUGAACCUCGGCUUGGAAAAAUUAUUCUUGAAAGCCUUCAUUAUCGGUUGGGCAGAGAGGGUCUUGUUCUGGCUGCUGUUAUGGCAAAUGCCAGUAGUAUAUUUUGCAGAGUCGGUAAUGAUGAGGAGAAAUCUAAAUCGGACUGCCUUAAGGUACAGUUCUGCCACCGUGAUGGUGACCUUUUCACGCUGCUUUCUGUUUACAAGGAAUGGGAUGAUGAGCCCCAAGAGAGUAAAAACAAAUGGUGUUGGAAGAACAGCAUCAAUGCAAAAUCCAUGCGGAGAUGCAAGGACACUAUUCUCGAAUUAGAACACUGUCUUCAACAUGAACUCCAGAUAAUUGUUCCGAGUCACUGGAAGUGGAACCAACAUGUUCCUACCGUGUAUGAUAAAUUGUUGAAGAAGGUUAUAAUUUCAUCCUCUGCAGAAAAUGUAGCUGUGUAUUCUGGUUACAGUCGACUUGGUUAUGAGGUGGCUCUGACGGGACAGCAUGUACAACUCCAUCCAUCGUGUUCGUUGCUAAUAUAUGGUCAUAACCCGAGUUGGGUAGUUUUCGGCGAGCUUCUCUCAAUUUCAAAGCAGUAUUUGGUUUGUGUAACUGGUAUUGACUAUGAAUGUUUGCUUACACUUCAGCCUCCUCUUCCCUUUGAUGUCGCACAGUUGGAUAGCCGAAAGAUGCAGAUGAAUGUGAUUACUGGAGUCGGUGGCAAUCUCUUGAGAAGGUUCUGUGGUAAAUCAAACAACAGUUUGCAUCGUCUAAUUUCACGCAUUCAGACAGAUUGCAUGGACUGUCGAAUCGGUAUUGAUCUUGACUUUAACAAGCGAGAGGUUCACUUAUUUGCCUCAUCGAAAGACAUGCCAGAGGUUUCUAGUAUUGUAAAUGAGGCCUUGGAGCAUGAGAAAGAAUGGCUAAGGGAUGAAUGCAUUGAGAAAUGCCUAUUUCGUGGGGGACCUAAUUUCUCUCCGCCUGUGGCGCUAUUCGGUGCUGGUGCUGACAUCAAGCAUUUGGAACUGGAGAAGAGAUAUCUAACCGUUGAAGUUUUCCAUUCAAAUGCAAACCUGCUUGAAAACAAGGAACUUCUAAUGCUUUUUGGUAAAAGUGCCUCGGGCAUAGCUAAUUUCCACAAGUAUGCAGGCAUGGGACAGAGUGGUGACUCAGAAAGGUGGGGAAAGAUAACAUUCCUUGCUCCUGAAUCUGCCGAAGCUGCAGUUAAGCUGAAUGGCAUAGAAUUGCAUGGUUCUUUGUUGAAGGUGUUCCCUUCAUGGGCCUCCUUUGGGUGUGACGACAAAACGCUCCCAUUUCCUGCAGUAAGGGCCAAGGUUAGUUGGCCACGCAGGCAUAGUAAGGGAGUUGCGGUGGUCAGAUGUGCGAGGCAGGAUGUUACUCUUAUUCUUAAGGAGUGCUCAACCAUGGUGAUUGGAGGACGGUUUGUUCGGUGUGAGAUUAGCAAGAAAUAUGAAGAUUGUUUUGUCAUAUGUAGACUGGGUCGAGAAAUUACAGAACAAGAAAUAUCAGAUGCUUUGAGAAAUGCUACAAAUAGGAGAAUCAUAGAUGUUUUCCUUCUAAGAGGUGAAGCUGUCAAUCAGCCCUCGGGCAUUGCCUGUGAGGAUGCGCUUCUUAGAGAAAUCGCUCCUUUUAUGCCUAGCAAGAAUUGCCCUCAGAAUCAUUGUAGGGUCCAGGUGUUUCCCCCUGACCCAAAGGAUUAUUCAAUGAAAGCAUUGAUCAGUUUCGAUGGGAGUCUGCAUCUGGAGGCAGCGAAGGCUUUUCAACACCUAGAAGGGAAAGUGCUUCCUGGUUGUCUUCCAUGGCAGAAGAUACAGUGCGAGCAGAUAUUUCACAGCUUUGUAUCUUGCCCUACUCCCGUCUACCAUGUCAUUAAGAAAGAACUGGAUAUUUUGUUCGAUAGCUUCAAUCGUCGGAAAGGGUUGUCCUAUAAUCUGGACAGGACCAACAAUGGCUCUUAUCGGGUCAAAAUAUCUUCGAAUGCGACGAAAACCAUGGCAGAAGUAAGAAAGCCGUUAGAGCAGUUAAUGAAAGGGAAGACCAUAACUCAUGCUAACCUCACUCCAAAUGUACUACAGCUGCUAUUCUCCCCAGAAGGCAUUGGUCUCAUGAAGAGGCUGGAACGAGAGACGGGGACAUAUAUCCUGCAUGAUAAGCAGAACCUGAACAUCCGAGUCUUUGGUCCCCCAAAGGAGGUCGCUACAGCAGAGCAGAAGUUGGUGCAGUCCUUGUUGCAACUUCAUGAAAGCAAGCAACUCAAAAUCCAUCUCCGAGGCAGCAAUCUGCCACCCAAUUUGAUGAAAGAGGUGGUUGGAAGAUUUGGAGCUGAUCUGCAUGGGCUCAAGGAGAAGGUGCCAGGGGCGGAUUUUGUGCUUGACACUCGCCGCCAUGUACUUUCCAUUCAAGGAAGCAAGGAACUGAAGCAGAAGGUAGAAGAGAUAGUUUUCAAGAUGGCACAAUCUCCGUGCCAUGGGCCCUCUGAGCUGUCAAAAGCAGAAGACACAUGUCCGAUAUGCUUUUGUGAGGUAGAGGAUUGCUACCGGCUUGAGGCCUGCGGGCAUGGGUUUUGCUAUAUGUGCUUGGUAGAUCAGUGUGAGUCUGCGAUGAAAAACCGUGACGGGUUCCCACUCCACUGUGCUUGUGAGGGUUGCAAGAGCCAUAUUUUGCUCGUGGAUUUGAGGUGCCUGUUGUCCAGUGACAAGUUGGAGGAGCUCUUCAGGGCAUCGUUGGGGGCAUUUGUGGCAUCGAGCGGUGGUGUUUACAGGUUCUGCCCAUCACCUGACUGCCCUUCGGUGUAUCGGGUGGCGGACCCCCAUAUGGUGGUUGAGCAACCUCCAUUUACCUGUGGCGCAUGCUUUGUGGAGACAUGCACUAAGUGCCAUUUGGAAUACCAUCCAUCUGUCUCUUGCGAGAGGUAUAGGGAGUUCAAGGAAGAUCCAGAUGCUUCCCUGACUGAGUGGCGGAAGGGCAAGGAUCAUGUGAAGAACUGUCCCAUUUGUGGCUACACCAUUGAGAAGGUAGAUGGUUGUAACCAUAUGGCGUGCAAUUGUGGGAAACACAUUUGCUGGGUCUGCUUGCAGUGCUUUGAUUCAAGUGGUGAAUGUUAUGGACACUUAAGGAUGCACGACAUACAAUUGGAUGAAGCCUAGAAUGUGGUAAGUUAGCCAUUUAGUAUAGCUUUGCCAUGCUAACAUGAAAUAUGGGUGUGAGAUCCAAGCUGUUCAUCAGGGGGACUCAUUGUGUGGAUGUGCUGGCCCAAAAAUUAGGUUGGUUGGGUUACAUUUUAUGAAACAGAUGGAUAACUAGUAUAAAAAAUUGCCCUAGUUUUUCGAGCCAUCUGCCUGUUUCUAACAUUGGGGUCCUGAUGAGUGGACUGGUCUCGUUUUGGGCCGAGGAUAUCUACAUCGUUGGGACCGACCUGAUGGAGCUUGGAUUUCACACCCAUGUUCCAUGUCAGCAUGGCAAACCUAGUGUUUGUAUAAUACAUAUAUAUUUACUUUCUGUAUUAUAAUACAUGUAUAUAAACUUUCUGUAUUAUAUAUGGCUUAUUUUUUUGAGUUGUGGUGAUGACUCCUUAUUGCUCA